AGAUGCCACCCAAUCGGCCAUUUGGUUUGAAGAGACGGAAAAGAUGUCCAGGAUCUCGGAAAUUUUUGGUGAGCGUCAAGAAACUUGGCCAUUCAGUGGUGAAAAUGGAAGAUGAAUGGGGAACAUCACAAACAUGCGCGAAUUGCCAAGAACGAUUUCCAGCGAACACAAAACCUCAUCGAUUCAAAGUGUGCUACGGUUGCAAAGCGAAACCGAUUGCUGGACUACCGGACUCAGUCGCUAGUCUACCAGAUAUAAUUGUGGCAACGGUUAGCAAACGUGCUUUGCAAAAGGGACGAAAGGAAAUUAAGCGUCGAAUUCGCAAUGGCAAUUAUCAGGAUGUGGCGAGAAUACUUCGAAAUGGGCGUUUAAUGUCAAAGGUUAAUGUUACCUACAAAAAUUGGCCAUUAAAUGUUCAGGGUGAUGUUGCUGCUCCACAGACAGUUGUUUGGCACCGCGAUAUUGUUGCUGCAAAAUGUAUUAUGCUCAAAGGACUUUGUCGGAUGUUUGGCGUACUAGUGCCUGAUUCGUUGAGAAGAUCACCAAACAAUGUCAACUGACAAGCAGCAGCAUUGAAUUCAUAAAUUAUCAAAUAAAACAAAUAUUAUAACGAUUAGUUAGCUUAGCUAGGCUUGACACCAUUUGUGUUACACAAAUCUUGUGGCCUUGUUGUGCGUUCAUAAGAACAGUACAACGGUAGUACGGAGGGAAGGAGCC